AACGAGGCUCGGAAGCUGAAUCACCAAGAAGUGGUGGAAGAAGACAAGCGACUGAAAUUGCCAGCAAACUGGGAAGCCAAAAAAGCUCGGCUGGAGUGGGAGCUGAAGGUGGAGGAAAAAAAGAAGGAAUGUGCAGCGAGAGGAGAAGACUACGAGCGAGUUAAACUGCUAGAGAUCAGCGCUGAGGAUGCCGAGAGAUGGGAAAGGAAAAAGAAGAGGAAAAAUCCAGAUCUAGGAUUUUCAGAUUACGCGGCUGCUCAGCUGCGCCAGUACCAGAGGUUAACCCGGCAGAUCAAACCUGAUCUGGAGCAGUACGAGAAGCUGAAAGAGCAAUAUGGUGAAGCGCUUUAUCCCACAUCCGACAGUCUUCUCCACGGAACUCACGUGCCAUCCAAGGAAGGGGUUGAUAGAAUGGUUGCAGAUCUUGAGAAACAAAUUGAAAAGCGUGAUAAAUACAGCCGAAGACGUCCUUACAACGACGAUGCAGACAUCGACUACAUUAACGAGAGAAACGCCAAGUUCAACAAGAAGGCAGAGAGGUUCUACGGGAAGUACACAGCCGAGAUCAAACAGAACUUGGAGAGAGGAACAGCCGUCUGA